AUGUCCGAGUACGAACAUGCCACGGAGAGGCUGUCUGAUGACCUGCAAAAGAAGAGAAUUAAAGUUGCCUGUAACAACUGCCGAAAGAAGAAAAUAAAAUGUGACGGUGCCACAGUAUGCACCAACUGUCAAGUCACUCAAGAGCCAGAAUGCAUCUAUGACGAGAAGUUGUCGAGGCCCCCUCGUAAAAAACAACGGACGCUGAAGCUGGACGAAGUUCUCACGUAUUUGAACUCUCGGCUCGAUCGACUAGAGGCGUUGAUCCAGUCUGUUGCAUCUAGCAUCCCUGGCAACAAUGCCACACAGCCUGAGAUCCCAGUCAAAGCCGAGCCGCAAGCAUUUGGGUUUGGUAACGAGGAUGGUGAGAGUUCCGAUGCGACUCAAGACGAAGACAAAGUCGCAUCCCCCUCCGAUAUCAUUGGCUGUACGGGGAAGCCCAACGAGCUAUAUCUUGGAAACCACUCUUUCUUCUCCAUUAUCUCCAAAAGUAGUUUGACCUGGAUGAAGGGCCAGCUUUCGGAAAAGAAUGAGCACUUGAUCGUGCCCUUGAUCAAUCUACCAUACGUUUUUGAGAACAAGACCAGGUCCUUUGCUCGGAUGUGGCUCGACCCAAACAACAGCAACCAUUGCAAAAACAUGGAGCUCAUCCGAUCCCCACUACCGAACAAGAAAGAGGCUAUUUUCGAUUUGUUCGAAAAGUACAAGAACUCGUUCAAUGCCGUCCAAGCAUUGUGUCUGAUCGAAGAAAUCGAAACGUUCCUAACAAAAUACUACAGCACGACUAAUCCGAACAAACGGAACCUUCUGCUCAUAGAUCUAUUCAAGCUCUCACUGGCAAUUCUAAUAUGCCUCAGUGAUGCAAUGGAGACUUUGUUUGAUCGAGCUUGUGAUGAUCCAGCCUAUGGCCCAAACAAAAUACCGAUCAAAGAUCUCACUCCGAAAGAAAUCAGCAACUUGAGAGACGGGCUCAUCCAUGUCUGCAUGUGUUACUUCUACCAAUUGGGUAUACGGUCACAAGGCAUCGAGACUGUCAAGGCCAUGCUCUUCUUGGGGGUCUUUCUCACCAAGUGCUAUGAGCCGCCCGAGAUUAUACAUAUUGUUUUCACGCUGGCAAUCAGAAAAGCCCUUGAUACCGGGCUCCACCGGAUUGAAACUUAUAGAAAUUGUUCGCGCGAGGGGUUCGAAUCAAGGCUCCUUGUUUGGAAAAUUGCCUGCUACUUCGACAUGGAGAUUUGCUUCCGCAGCGGCAAGCCACCAAUAAUCAAUUACAGUGAUAUGAGCGAAGAGCUACGGAAUAGCUUUUCGGUGUAUGAGAUUGUCAACAAGUCAUACCCGCUUCCGUUCUUGAGGUAUUACGACAUGAUUUUCGAGGUGAGAUUGGACACCUACAACCGUCUAUUCUCAGCUUCGGCAGACACGAAAACGUUCCAGGCGCUUCAGGCCAACGUGGACAUUCUCAAUCAGAAAAUGUUCAACUUGUUGGCUCAAAUGACGCCCGAUCACAGGCCCUACUUCUUCAACCAGCCAGGCUUUGAGGAAGUGAGAGCAAUAUAUAAUAUCGACGAAGAACACCGGUUAACGGCCAGGUUGACCUUUUUCCUCAAUAUGAUGAUCAUAAACCGGCUCCCCACCAUGUUUGCCUUCCCCGGUGUGACCACUGAGCAAACGCACAUUUACAAGAACUUGUCGCUAAACAGCGCAAGAACAAUCAUGCACAUGCUCAAAAACUUCCAUUCCUAUGGCCCCGGAAAGGCCCCGUCGCUAUGGAUCGCGUUCUUUCCGCUCAUUUCGGUGCUUCAUCUCCUGGCCGCCUGCAUGUCAGAUCCAAAGUCCUUGGAUGCCCACAGCGACAUUCUACUCAUUAUUCAAAUGUGCGAGACUUGGUUCAACAGGAAGUUGUCUGCCGAUAGCUUCUGCUCGUUCAAGUUGGACAUGUCUCUCCUUCUCCAGGUGUUUGUGAAAUCCGUGGCGAACAUUGCUAUCAGCAUAUUUGAAAUGAACACGGGGAUAGCGAUUCUCGCCAACAAUGAGAAGAUCAGAGACUCGUUUGAGGCCCCGCGCAAACUCUUCCCGGAGCUUUUUGGAAAUGCCGAGCACUUGAAGAAACUCAUUCCAUAUAUAUUCGAGUCAAAGUCGCCCUUCCCGGGCGACGGGACACCGACUUUGAUUGACAAUGAGCAGAUACAUGGGAACUUGUCUGAGGGCGCGUUUGAGGAAAACAUGCCACCAAAUGGCGGUGCAGGAUACGGCUCCCUGGACUUUGGGAUUGGCCUUGAUGGGCUCGAGAAUCUCUUGUUUGACCAGCUUGACCAGUUCCCCAACUUCUUUUUCGAUGGUGUUGGAGGAGGACUAUAG